AGAUUCUUCUGCCCAUCUCUAUCAUACAGACAUUUAGACUCCAUUGAAUUGAAAGCAAGCACACAAGAAACGCAUCCAUACAACGAAAUGGGCAAUACUACUGAAGAAGAACACUUCGACGUCCUCACUGAAACUGGUCAGAAAACUGGAUUCUCCAAAGCCAGGGGAUUGGUUCACAAAGAUGGAGAUUACCAUCGAGCUGUUCACGUGUGGAUUUUUGCUGAAAGUACCCAACAACUUCUUCUCCAGCAGCGGGCUGUUUGUAAAGAUGCAUGGCCUGGAUUAUGGGAUAUCUCUAGUGCUGGUCAUAUAUCUGCUGGGGAUGCAUCCCUUAUCACGGCCAGGAGAGAGCUUCAAGAAGAGCUUGGUCUAACCCUGCCAAUGGAUGCCUUUGAAUUACUAUUUGUUUUCCUGCAACAGAGUGUCACAAAUAACGGUAACUUCAUCAAUAACGAAUUCGAUGAUGUUUAUCUGGUGACAACAGUAGACCCAAUUCCCUUGGAGGCUUUUACUCUUCAGGAAUCUGAAGUUUCUGCGGUUAAAUAUAUUUCCAUUGAGGAGUAUAAGCAGGCAGUUGUUAAAGAAGAUCCUCAGUAUGUUCCAGUAAAUGUAGAUGGACAAUAUGGUCAACUAUUUGACAUAAUUAACAAAAGGUACCAGUGUGAUGUGGAAGCACGGAGUUUGGAUCUUCAAAAAAAGCUAAACCGUUAUGCUCCUUUCUCACUUAGUGCAGAGUUGACAGGCCUGACGGAAGGGGACAAGGAAGCUCUGGUUUUACUCAUUCAUGCUGCAAGAAUGAUGGAUGACAUCUUCCACCAGCAGGUUUGGUGCAGCAAUCCGUCUCUUAGGGAAUGGUUAAAGGGGCGUGCUUCAAUGUCCCAAUUCGACAAUUUAAAAUGGCUUUAUUAUUCAAUAAACAAAAGUCCAUGGUCUUCCCUUGAUGAAAAUGAAGCAUUUUUGACGACUGCAGACUCUGCCAUUAAAUUACUUCCUGAAGCAACAAAGCCAAUAGGUGGGUGGAAAGGUCUUGAAUACAAGACUGCCUUUCCCAUACAGAAACCACCUGGUGCCAAUUUCUAUCCUCCGGACAUGGAUAAAAUGGAAUUUGAAUUGUGGACAAAAGGGCUUUCAGAUGAUGAAAAACAAGAUGCAUCUGGAUUUUUCAGUGUAGUUAGAAGGCAUAGAGAUUUUUUAUCCAAUAAUAUAGUUAGUUCUGCCAGUGAUCUCUAUAGCAUCCCUUAUUCUCAAGAAUAUUCUGCAUUUCUUGCAAAAACUGCCGAGUUAUUGCAUAAAGCAGGCGAUUUGACAAGUUCACCUAGUUUGAAGAGACUGCUACAUAGCAAGGCUGAUGCUUUCCUUUCAAAUGACUAUUAUGACUCGGAUAUAGCCUGGAUCGAAUUGGACUCUAAGGUGGAUGUUACUAUCGGCCCAUACGAGACUUAUGAAGAUGUGCUAUUCGGAUACAAGGCCACAUUUGAGGCAUUUGUUGGAGUUCGGGAUGAUAAAGCAACUGAUCAAGUUAAGCUAUUUGGGGAUCAUUUGCAGGUUUUGGAGCAAAAUCUUCCACUUGAUGCCGUCUAUAAAUCAUCAGAAGUGAUAUCCGCACCUAUUCGCGUUGUGCAGCUUGUUUAUAAUUCUGGGGAUGUGAAGGGUCCUCAAACUGUUGCAUUCAAUCUUCCAAAUGAUGAGCGAAUAGUAAACGAUCGAGGAACAUCAAUGGUGAUGCUGAAGAAUGUUUCCGAGGCAAAGUUCAAGCUUAUUCUUCAGCCUAUAGCUGAUGUAUGUAUUAUAAAGGAACAGCGGGAACUGGUGGAUUUCGACUCUUUCUUCACUCACACAAUUUGCCAUGAAUGCUGUCAUGGGAUAGGACCACAUACCAUAACACUUCCAAAUGAUCAGAAGUCUACUGUGAGAUUGGAGCUACAAGAACUUCAUUCGGCUUUGGAAGAAGCUAAAGCUGACAUUGUUGGCCUCUGGGCCCUUAAAUUUCUUAUUGAUAAGGGUUUACUUCCAGAGAGCCUCGUCAAGUCCAUGUAUGUUUCUUUCCUUGCAGGUUGUUUCCGAUCAGUACGCUUUGGGUUAGAAGAAGCUCAUGGAAAAGGACAGGCACUACAGUUUAACUGGUUAUUCGAGAAAGGGGCCUUUGUUUUACAUCCUGAUGAAACGUUCUCAGUUGACUUCGAUAAAAUUGAAGAUGCAGUCGAGAGCUUAAGUAGGGUUAUACUAACGACACAAGCAAAAGGCGACAAAGAAGCAGCCCAAGAACUUCUAGCAAAAUAUUGUGUGAUGACAAAUCCUUUGAAAGUUGCUUUGGAAAAAUUGGAAAUGGUUCAGGUUCCUGUGGAUAUAACACCAGAGUUUCCAAUUGUUGAUGAAUUACUUGGAAAGAAGUAAAUAUAAGCUUCCCUUUCUUCCUUCCCAAUUUGAUAUGUUUGAUGGCAUUCUUCACGAAUCUUGCAAGUAUUUUCAUGAAAGUGGAGCCUAAUUCAUAGCCAUAGCCAACGAAUUAUGUGUAUGUGUUACUUUGGUUUGGUAAUGACAGAGAAGCCAAAGGAACACUUUAUUCAAUGAUGUUGUAAUUACGAUUAGCUUGUUUGAGAAAUGGGUUUUUGUGUUACCAGUAAAUCUUAUAGAAAAAGGUGAAACAAAGAUUGACCCAUUAAAACCUAAAAGUUUUAUAUUAUUAACAGUGUACUCGCGUGAUGCAGCGAGAUACAUCUUGAUUUUAAUGUCGUUUUAUAUUUUGGG